GCUGUUUCUCAGUGGAUUGUCACCCUCUGUAAGAAAAUGUCGUCCAUCUUGCCGUUCACUCCACCAGUGGUGAAGAGACUUCUAGGAUGGAAAAAAUCAGCUGGUGGGUCUGGAGGAGCAGGUGGUGGAGAACAGAAUGGACAAGAAGAAAAAUGGUGUGAAAAAGCAGUGAAAAGUCUGGUGAAAAAGCUAAAGAAAACAGGACGCUUAGAUGAGCUUGAGAAAGCCAUCACCACUCAGAAUUGCAAUACUAAAUGUGUUACCAUACCAAGCACUUGCUCUGAAAUUUGGGGACUGAGUACACCAAAUACGGUAGAUCAGUGGGAUACAACAGGCCUUUACAGCUUCUCUGAACAAACCAGGUCUCUUGAUGGCCGUCUUCAGGUUUCACAUCGGAAAGGGUUGCCACAUGUUAUAUAUUGCCGGUUAUGGCGCUGGCCGGACCUUCACAGUCAUCAUGAGCUCAAAGCAAUUGAAAACUGCGAGUAUGCUUUUAAUCUGAAAAAAGAUGAAGUGUGUGUAAAUCCUUACCACUACCAGAGAGUGGAGACACCAGUUUUGCCUCCAGUAUUAGUGCCUCGGCACACAGAGAUCCUAACAGAACUGCCGCCUCUGGAUGACUAUACCCACUCCAUUCCAGAAAACACUAAUUUCCCAGCAGGAAUUGAGCCACAGAGUAAUUACAUCCCAGAAACGCCACCACCUGGAUAUAUCAGUGAAGAUGGAGAAACAAGUGAUCAACAGUUGAACCAAAGUAUGGACACAGGCUCUCCGGCUGAACUGUCUCCUACUACUCUCUCUCCUGUUAAUCACAGCCUGGAUUUACAGCCAGUUACUUACUCGGAACCUGCAUUUUGGUGUUCAAUAGCAUAUUAUGAACUAAACCAGAGGGUUGGAGAGACUUUCCAUGCAUCACAGCCCUCGCUCACUGUAGACGGCUUUACAGAUCCAUCAAACUCUGAGAGGUUCUGCUUAGGUUUGCUCUCCAACGUUAACCGAAAUGCUACUGUAGAAAUGACAAGAAGGCAUAUAGGAAGGGGAGUGCGCUUGUAUUACAUAGGUGGGGAAGUUUUUGCCGAGUGCCUAAGUGAUAGUGCAAUCUUUGUGCAGAGCCCCAACUGUAACCAGAGAUACGGCUGGCACCCUGCAACAGUGUGUAAAAUUCCACCAGGCUGUAACCUGAAGAUCUUCAACAACCAAGAAUUUGCUGCUCUUCUGGCUCAGUCUGUUAACCAGGGUUUUGAAGCUGUUUAUCAGCUGACGCGAAUGUGCACCAUAAGAAUGAGCUUUGUGAAGGGCUGGGGAGCAGAGUACCGGAGGCAGACAGUAACAAGUACUCCUUGCUGGAUUGAACUUCAUCUGAAUGGCCCACUGCAGUGGUUGGACAAAGUAUUAACUCAGAUGGGAUCCCCUUCUGUGCGAUGCUCCAGCAUGUCAUAGAGCCCGUCACCAGUUGAGCCCAUUGAGAGACUUGGUGUAACAACUCUUUCGUCGUAGUAUUUGUGUAUGAUCCCGUGGACUGUUUGCUAUCCAAAAAUUCCAGAGCGAAAACAGCACUUGAGGUCUCAUCAGUUAAAGCACCUUGUGGAAUCUGUUUCCUAUAUUUGAAUAUUAGGUGGGAAAAUUAGUGUCUAGAAGUGCCCUCCCCAAAAGGGGAAGAGAAGACUUAAAGACUUAAUGAUGUCUUGCUGGGCAUAAGACAGUGUCCCAAAGGUUAUUAAUAACAGUAGUAGUUAUGUGCACAGGUAACGUAUCAAGGCCCAGUGUUGCAGUACUAUGCUGUCUGUAUACAUUUUUAGUUUGCAUAAAUGAGGUGUGUGUGCUGCUUCUUGGUCUAGGCAAGCCUUUAUAAAGUUACAGUACCUAAUCUGUUAUUCCCACUUCUCCGUUAUUUUUGUGUCUUUUUUAAUAUAUAAUAUAUAUUAAGAUUUUCAAAUUAUCAUUUAGAAGCAGAUUUUCCUUGUAGAAACUAAUUUUUCUGCCUUUUACCAAAAAUAAACAAACUCUUGGGGGAAGAAAAGUGGAUGAACUUGGAAAUCCUUGACUUCCUGUGCCCAGUGGAUCUUAGCAGCCAUUCUUCCUGUGUUUAUUUCCUGCUGAACUACAUUAGAAGGAAACCUUACUGGAAACUUCCAAGCUUUCCAUCCCAUUUUUCUUGAUAAAAAACAGUAUAGAAUGAUGCCAUUGUGGUAAAUAGUUGCACUGGUGGCUGUUGGGGUGGUUAGUCCUAAGUCCAGUAAAGGUUUGUGGAGAGUAAGUUCUUUUGUUUUAUAACCAGUCUUCGUCUUCAGACUUGUAUAACCUGUUGGUCUGUUGAUUAACUUUUAUCUCACACUUGCACAAGUGGCAGUAUAAUUAUUUUCAGGGCUGUUCUAGAAUCAUCUCAGUAUGUGUUUCCUCCUUCCAAAGCCAGUCUAAUAAUAAAGUACCUUUCUGUAAAGGCAGCUGACCUUCUGCCUCAUUUCACUUAACUACCAGGUUGUAUAACAAAACGGACCUUUUGUAAAUGUAUUUGCUUCUGCAAAAGCCUAGAGUGAUACUGAGGUGUGGUCAGCAGAUAGGGCCAUCUGUUUUUAAAGUGUUUACAGAUAGAAUGCUAUAUUGCCUAAUUUCAGAAGUUUAAAGGUUGGGAGCAAAGCCGAUGAGCAAGAUUCUUAGCCUGCAGUUGCCUGUGGUCUGAGCUCUUUGACUAAUCCUGGGUGUGUGGUUCAUUGGCCUUUCUGCUCUGCAGUAAGGAGAUCCCAGCUGUUGGUCCUCUAUUCUGCAGCACACAACAAUCAUGACCAGUGUUGACUCCCUUCUUGUUUGCAAGUCCGUAUAAAUGGAAAAUACUUCCUGGUCUACUUUUUGUAAAUUUUCAUAUUUUUGCAAAUACCUUUGGUACUUACUCUUUGAAACCAUACUCACAUGUAUGUACAGGUAUCAUUUUUGAUGCUUUUCAGCAUUUGAUUGUUUUCUAUUUUAUAUUUCCCAUUUUCCUAAAUUUGUGUAUAUGUAUGUGUUUAUGUAAAUUUGGUAUAAUGAUUUUUUUAUUCAAAUAUUUAUUGUUCACCUGUUAAUGUGCCAUGGACGUCCUUAACCUUUGAGUGAAGGUGAACAAGAUAGCUGUGGUUCCUGCCUUUGCUAAGACAGCAAUUUUUUUUAACACAUACUGGGAAGGCCAUGCUUGAGCUAACACCUGACCU